UUAAGGUCGGUCAGCGAAUGAAGCAGCCGAUACACAAUAUAUUCACAAAUAAUAAGUUCAAUUUUAUUAUAUACAGUGGGACCCAUAAAACUAUGGAAUAUGUAGACGACAUUUAAGCAAUCUCAAGACGUCAGGUUCUAAACAUUUAAGAUUAGAAACAAUUAGAAUUUGAGGCGAGUGUUAUGUUGAUUGUUCCUAUAUAGAAUUAGUUGAUUUCGUUUAAAGUUCGGGAAAAGUUUUAAAGUUGCGCAAAAUACUGAUCAAUCAUAAUAUUUACAUGAGACUUUUAAUCAAAAAAUAAAAAUGCAAAUAACUUUUACAUCAGCUGACAAUGGCAAAUAACAAGAUGGUUCUUGAGAAGUAUCUCAGGAGUUUAGAGGAUGCAUAUCAAGAUGAAUCAAGAAGAGAUUUCAACGAUGAAAUCAAUUACGAAGAGGAACCUUUUAAACCUAUUCCAUUUUAUUCGCUGUUCGGAAUAUCAGAGGAUCAAUAUCAAGAAGAUACUUUCAAGUUUGAUGAAGAUCUUGAGGAUAUGAAGGGUUUGAAGACAAUUACAAAAACAAAAUCUUGGAUUUGGCCAAAAUAUUCACAGUUUGGAAGGUUUAAGCCUGAUUCAUGUCUGCACCAUAUACAAGGAAGGUUUUCUGGCAAUUUCCUAAAGAACGGUCCUUACACUCUGUUUUACAACGAUGGAACCUAUCUAAAAGUAUUUCUAAGGAACGGUUUAAUUCACGGCUUAGCUUUAAGAUAUUUUGAUGAUGAGUGGGUUUGGGCGGGCCAUGUAAAAAUGGGCGUGGCUACAGGACUAUGUUUGGCCAAGGAGUGGGAGGGCGGAGGAAUUAUCAUCGGGGAGGUUGAUGAGAAAGGAGAACAUACAGGGGAGAAUAUAACUUACAUUUAUCCAGAUUACAAAACUGCGCUUCAUGGAUGUUUUAAUAAUUCUGUGAUGAAAAGUGCAAAAUGUUCAGAGAUCAGCUCCUUAAAGAUUUUGGAGGGUGAAUUAAAAUACAGGGUGGAGAUUAUGAAUCCUAAUUCAAAAUUCACAUUUUCACCAUCAGACUAUAACGGGUUUAUUGGAGACUGUCCUCAUUUAAGAGAUCCUUAUGAAGAUAAAUAUAUCGAAGUUAGGAUUUCUAGUAUGGAGGGAGGAGGGGAGGGAAUCUAUGCUCUGAAAAAUAUUCCAACAGGAAUUCUAGUUGCCAUGUUUAACGGAAUUAAAUACGAGUUGGUCUCAAAUCCAGCUUCAGGAAUAGAUUCUGAAGAAGAGGCAUAUGACCGACUAUCCUACAAUAUUCACAUGCCUCAAGAUGAAGAUUUCUUCCUAGAUAUUCCUCCAUUAUAUCGAAGUUUGGAGAAUUACUCAGCUUCUUUAGGACACAAGGUUAAUCAUUCAUUCAAACCCAACUGUAGAUUCUCAACAAUAUUUCAUCCUAGAUGGGGAAGAAUAAGAGCUAUAACGUCUAUUUCUCCAAUUUUAAAGGAUGAAGAAUUAUUUGUGAACUAUGGAUAUGAUCUGAACAGAUCUCCGCUAUGGUUUAAGGAAUUAUGGAACUCCCACAACUCGGAGAAAGUUUAUAUUAAACCAAAAUUAUUCUGAAUAUAUAUUCUUACCUUUUA